GAUUCUGUGACUGCUUCGUAUCGAGACGUAGCGCGUGCAAGAACUCGGGGCGACGAGCGGCAGCGAUAUGAUGAACCUCGCCGAUCAAGAAGUACCAGCGGUUACUGUCGAUUUAACGAGAAUGGCCGGCGAUGGUUAUGGCCGAUUGGAAGAACCGAUGCUCGCUGCGGAUAGUACCGCUUACUGUCCGACUUACCCGGUACCCGAAUCAACCGGUGACAACAAAAAUCAGCAUGGUACACAACUAUAUCCACAGCAAGACUUCAGGCACGAAACCUGGCUUCAAGACGGGAGUAGCUGUGAAACGGAGGACAGCGAGCAAUUCGUGCCAGAAUUUCAUCAUAUGUCGGGUAACGACGUCAAGCGUGGAUCCUCGCAAUGCAGCAAAAGAGUCAACACCGAUCGUUUUGAAUCGCAGUAUUCGGACCACCGAGAGUCCAACAUUCGAAACAACAAUUUCCUCGAUCCGAGUCCCGCAGCCUCUUCAUCUUGUUUCGGAAAUAAUCGCGUUAGUGAUGAAAAUAGGGAAGCGACGGAAAAUAACGUUGCUGUAAAAGAAGAGCCAAAGGAUCGAGGCUACAUCGAACCGAUUCCCGUGACGAGUUUGACGGCUUCUAGAAUUCAAGAGCCUCUAACAGCUCGUAGUCUGGUGUAUCAACGAGAGCAGCACAACUUCGCUCCAGGAUUAUCGGUGAGAGAGGUGAAAGGUUCCCCGACGUCGAAUCGGCCCGCGAGCGCGAAUUCAUCCGCGUCCCAGUGGCAUUCGGUCCAAAGUUCGGGGGAAUCGGCGUUCUUAUCUCGCCAAGAAAUCUGGGCGGCUUCCGAGAUUUAUCAAAGAAGAAGCAUAACGCCAACGUGGACGGAAUUGGGAGGGGGGGCUCAACCUGAUUUGCGAAAUUUAUCCUGGGAACGACGACAGGGUGGCGGCGGCGUCGGCGGUGGUGGCUCCUCCUCCUCCUCCUCCUCCUCCUCUUAUCAGAAGCGAAACAGUUCACCGAAUUUACUAUGGGGCUCGGAUUAUUGCAAGAGAUCGGGCUCGAACGUUGGAACUUGCGGAUGGAGCGAAGUUUCCGUCGGUUAUCAGCAACAACAACAACACAGACGAGGAUCCCUUCAAUUGUGGCAAUUCUUGGUUGCGCUGCUGGAUGAUCCGGUCAACUCCGCAUGUAUCGCAUGGACCGGCAGGGGAAUGGAGUUUAAACUCAUCGAACCCGAAGAGGUGGCUCGCCGAUGGGGCGUGCAAAAAAAUCGACCGGCGAUGAAUUACGAUAAGCUCAGUCGUUCGUUGAGGUAUUACUACGAGAAAGGUAUAAUGCAGAAAGUUGCCGGGGAAAGAUACGUUUACAAGUUCGUGUGUGAUCCAGAGGCCCUGUUCAACAUGGCAUACGGCGGCGGGGCAGGUGGACCGACGAUAUCCGGCGAGGCUCGGGCCGGAGGCGACGGAGGUGGUGGUGACGUUACGAGCGUUACCAGAAGUCAGGCUAUUACGGUAAAGCAUACGAGCCAAACUGACGUUUCCGAUGUUGACAAACAUCCGGCUUGCUCCGGCUAUAACGACGCUGUUCUCGCCGUGUACUCGAAUACCUCUUCCGCGUACGCGUCGUCGAGCCUUCAUCAUUUUCACCAGUACCUCGGCUCGAGCAACGACGGAUUCAAGACUCCCCCAGCCCGUUAUCAUUCUCAUCAAUAUGCCGGGAAUCACUACUAUCAUCAUCCACCUUCCGGUUACCCGGAGUCUUUUCUCAAUUACGGUCGUUUUACCGCUCACGAUCCACUUCCGACUGAGAUCCCUCUUCGAGUUCAAGAUACAUCUAGAUCUCAUUGUGUCGCUGGUUCCGAAAAUCUCGAGAGAACGAGACAUUCUAAUAUGGCUUACAAUUCCGGCCAAAGGUUAUUGCAUUUACCGGCGAGCAAUAACAGCGACAACAAUGACAACGAGGCGGCGGCGGCGGCGGCGGCGGCGGCGGCGGCGGCGACGGCGGCGGUGGUGGCGACGACAAACCAGCCUCAGAAAAUCGAGCAAGCUCCUUAUGCGUGUCUAGAAGUCGGUAGUUGCGUCUGUUGAGAUUCGCACUCGAUAAAAAAUGAAUUUCCGAUGGUACCAGCACAUUUGGCUUCAAUCGGGGUGAAAUUCAUAAUCAGUAUAUUCUCAGGGGAGAAAAGUGUGCAUCGAUGGGUUAGCGGGCGUGACAAUUAAAACAGUUUCGAUGUAUUUUCGUAAUUGUUUUUCAUCACGGUGCAUAAACGUGGAAAAUUGAAGGUGCGUCGAGUGAGAAAAAUCCAUAGUUUGCUUGAAAAUUGAGAAGCAUACGUGAACAACAAUUGAAAGAUUCUUCGGUCGUUCGACAAACCAUAUCCCCCCUUGGAACAUUUCGGUUUUUGCAACAUUAAUUGAGUGUUCCUUGAUACGCGUCGUGCAAAGAGGGAAAAAAAAAAGUUAUUAUUCGGUCUACGGAAAAAGGAUACUCGGCGGCCGCCGCGCGAAUGCAUCAACGAGCUCGCCGUAUAUAAUCACGCGUGUGCAAUAAAUUAUUGAUUUGUUGGGCGCGGGCUUGCCGGUACGCUUGCCCGCUGCUGCAACAAGUACAAGAAUACUCGUGUAAAUAGUGACACACCUAUAUAGUGAGCUCCCGAAGUUUCGAAUUUUCCCGGUGCUCUCCGUAAAUUCAAUAUUUAUCAUCUUCGUUUAUUCAAAUGUAAUGAUGUAUAAUAAAUUA